UAACUUGUACACCAUUUUUGUAUGCUAGCAAUAUGCUUUUGUUGAGAUAUGUUGUACAGCAUCACAUAAAUUUGUGUGCACGUGCAUGUCUGCAUGUGUGCUUAGACAGUACACUGUGCCAAAACACACACAAAGAAUAAGGCCCUUGAUACAUGCCUGACAUGUCCAAUUAAAUCAUUUUCUCUGGGUAAAUUUUUUUCUAUGAAUCAUCCUAGCUGCCUUCCAGUGGUGAGGGUCAUGCAUCUGUAUCAGUGGUGCAACUGAGUUUGCAGGGGAGCUGAGUAUGUUGCUCCAGUCUGCCUCCUUCCACUGCCUGAGUUGGUCUUGAUUUAGAAAAUGGAAAUGAUUUAAUUCCCAUCUGACUGUAAACGUUAGUGGACCCGGAUGUCCAAGGUCAGUGGCAGCUUGAUUUGCAGUGUAUACUUAACCUGUCUGUAUAUGUGAAGUGGUUUUCAAUCUGAGUUUCAGAUUUGUGAUUCAAUUAUGCUUCAUCUUUCAGGGUCCAGUGACUGCUUGUUACAGGAGACCUUCCUGUUAGAUCCAGUAUUUUAUAAUGCAGAGUGUGUGCCGGAGCUGAAGAGAAACGGAGCAGGGGGGCAUGCUGUCAGUUUAGCGUUUGCCAGGGGGCGCUUCCAUCGAUGUCAUGGGGAUGGAUACAAACUUUUUAAAUGCUAAAACGAUGACUCUGCUUAAAGAUUCCAACACAAGUUAUCAUUGAAGAUGGCUGAAUUAAACGGAAAGUAAACGUUUAAUCCCUUGUCUACCCCCGGUUUUCCUCAUGUCUUCGGACAGAAUGUUAAGUUGCAACUUGUGGAGAACAAAUCCAUUUACAAGACCUUUUGAACUUCAGGCAAGGUUUACAAUGAAUGUUUAAAAUAUUUUUCAGACGUUGUCAAAGUAAGUGAAAGACAAAAAUAUUUACGGGCUAUAAGCAACAGUAUGCGUUCACGCAGAAUCUUGUAACUGGACGGUCCAAAUAAGGUGUUUUUUAUUUAUUUUUAUUUAAACGAAUAUUAGGACGAAGGGAAACGUACACCCAUCCAAGUGUUUGAUUGGCUCCCACUCAGCAACUUUGGACAAUAUCAGUGCUACAUUGAAAGAAAAAGGGAUAUUUGUUCACUGUUAUAGGCUAACCGCCUUUCAGACGCAAUGAGCCAGUCGUUUGGAUGUGCCUACUAAAUUUCAGAACCAUGAAAUGGAUAGCUCAAGUUCUGCAACCUGCAAGCACUAUGCCGUUCACUACCGAAGCCAGUGACGACGCACAGUGGCAUGUCAAAACUGAAGACACCCAGUUUCUGUCAUGUGCGCCUCAUAAAGAAGGAUCGAAGUGGUGGAAGACUCUCGUAUAUCAUGCCAGCUGAAAAGUUUUCCGCAUAAAAUGAGUCUAAGGUAACCACACUCCAGAGAAGACAGUCUCCUGGGAAAUUAUACUCUAUGUGUUCCGAAGUUGAAAAUCUCUGCUCCACGGUGGAAAUAUGGAACUGGAAUUCAACGGUCGGUUCUCCUUAAGAACCACGUUACUCUGUUGUGUCUUCUUAUGUAAGUCAACAUUCUGUUUUGAUAAGACACACUCCCAUGCUGAAGAUGACCUCUUCAAAAAGCUCUUCAUUGGCUACAACAAGUGGUCAAGACCUGUGCCUAACAUCUCCGAUGUGGUCAUCGUCAAGUUUGGUCUCUCCAUCGCUCAGCUGAUUGAUGUGGAUGAGAAGAACCAGAUGAUGACUACAAACGUGUGGCUGAAGCAGGAGUGGAAUGACUACAAGUUACGAUGGAAGCCCUCAGACUUUGACAAUGUAACAUCUAUCCGGGUGCCCUCUGAACUGAUUUGGGUCCCCGAUAUUGUCCUGUACAACAAUGCUGAUGGGGAGUUUGCUGUGACCCACAUGACGAAGGCGCACCUUUUCCACACGGGCAAGGUGCGCUGGGUGCCCCCCGCCAUCUACAAGAGCUCCUGCAGCAUCGACGUCACCUUCUUCCCAUUCGACCAGCAGAACUGCAAGAUGAAGUUCGGCUCGUGGACCUACGACAAGGCCAAGAUCGAUCUGGAGCGCAUUGAGAACACGGUGGACCUGAAGGACUACUGGGAGAGCGGCGAGUGGGCCAUCGUCAAUGCCGUGGGCACCUACAACACGAAGAAGUACGACUGCUGCCACGAGAUCUACCCGGACAUCACCUACUUCUUCAUCAUCCGUCGGCUGCCGCUCUUCUACACCAUCAACCUGAUCAUCCCCUGCCUGCUCAUCUCCUGCCUGACAGUGCUGGUCUUCUACCUGCCGUCCGACUGCGGCGAGAAGAUCACGCUCUGCAUCUCUGUGCUCCUCUCCCUCACCGUCUUCCUCCUGCUCAUCACCGAGAUCAUCCCCUCUACCUCGCUGGUCAUCCCGCUCAUCGGCGAGUACCUGCUCUUCACCAUGAUCUUCGUCACGCUCUCCAUCGUCAUCACGGUGUUCGUGCUCAACGUGCACCACCGCUCGCCGGGCACGCACACCAUGCCCCGCUGGGUGCACUCGGUCUUCCUGGAGCUCAUCCCGCGCUGGCUCUUCAUGAGGAGGCCCGUCCCGGACGAGAAGCGCCGCCGCGUGCUCCUCCUGCAGCACAAGGUGCUGCCCCCCGCCGCCCAGCUCAGCACCUCUGAGACCUGGCUCCGGGAGACGGACGUGGACUGCCGCCAUGGCGAUUCGGAGCUGGGCGGGGCCUCGGGCUUUCCCUUCCCCUUCCCCCUGCCGCAGAAGCCCGCGCCCCCCCAGCAGCACCGCUCAGGAGCCAGGGUCAACCCCUCCCAGCAGCACCCCACCAAGAUGGACAGCCCGGUGUCCAAGGAGGGGUUCACGUUCUCCCCCAGUGUCCUGCGCGCCCUGGAGGGGGUCCACUACAUUGCGGACCACCUGAGAGCCGAGGACGCUGACUUCUCUGUAAAGGAAGACUGGAAGUAUGUUGCCAUGGUGAUCGACCGCAUUUUUCUGUGGAUGUUCAUCAUCGUGUGCCUCCUGGGCACCAUUGGGCUCUUUUUGCCACCCUGGCUGGCAGGCAUGAUCUAGGGCAGCCCCAUCAGCACCCAGACACCACUGUCGCUGAGAGCAUGCUGGCGUUGAAUGUACUCCACUAUGUAGCAGGGAGUUUGCCUGCAAUUCAAGUUAAGGGACUUACUUUUUUUAAAGUACUGACUCUUGCUCCUCCCCAAUCCCUGCCUCCCUGCCAGAGAAAUGGAUCCUAUUUUUCAGUGCAAUGGUAUAAAGUAUAAUAAAGAGUAUGAAAACGAAUGUAUUCAAAGUAAGUGUGAAACAUAUUCCUUGGUCUAAAUUGCUGUCCUCUGUAUCUCUCUGUCAUGGGCAGAAACUGUGGUCACAUUGAGGAUGUAGCCUCAUAAAAAGCAGAACUUCUUUUCUGGACUGACAUAUGUACCCUAACAUUACCUCCCACCCUUUUUCAGUCUACUAAAAUACUUGUACCAGGAUAGGCCAGGCUAAUGCCAGGCUGAUAUACAGAACUGCCCUUUCCUAGAGAGUCUGGUGGGGCACAGCACACUAAGGUGUCAGCAGUGCAACUGCUCAUUCAGUGAGUGGGGACAUAGGGUGCAGGGGCCACGGGUGAUGGCUUCAGGCCAGUAUAGAAUGCUGCAAUGGCACCCUUCAGCCCAGUAUGGCAUAUGCCAGAAACAGCUUUUAGUCCAAUGUGGCGCAUGCCAGAGUCUGCCCAAUUACAGCAUGUGCCAAAGACAACUUUUGUUGUAAUAUGGCACAUGCCAGUCAUUAUUUUUGGGCAAUCCAAUAUAGCACAUGCCAGAUACGGCCUUUGGUCUAAUAUGGCACAUGCCAUAGAUGCUUUGUCAUAUUCAAGGAUAAUUUGUUAGUAUUGGUGGCAAUGCUGUGGAAAAAAGACGCUUGGGAUAGCUUAAAUGUAUGCGUUUGUGUGUUCAAGGGACCUUAUUUAGGGUGAAUUUCUAUUAACUUGAGUAUGAUAAAAGAACAAUAUUAUAGCUGAGACUGUUAGCAAUUUAAAGAUCUGUGCUCUAGCCUCCCAACCUUUGAUUGAACAUGCACACUGGCUGACAAAACAGCAAGGACGCUUUGGUGAAUUGCCUUUCAUGUAUAGUACAUGUUUAAAUUAUUUUGCAAAUCAAAAAAUAAAAAUAUUUUUAAAAU